CGUAGCUUUAACCAGUUGCCCUCUUUCAACUCUUUAUCCAUUGAGUGGUUAACCGGAACUCCAACUCCAACUCGCCGGCCGGUGGAACAAUAAAGGGAUUAUUGCAGGAAUGGAGACAAAACAAAAUUUUAAUAACUUCAUAGUUGGGAAUUUUCCAACUUUGAUGUACAUUCCAGACUUCAUCUCGGAUGCUGAAGAAGCCCAGCUCCUAACUAAUAUUUACCAAGCACCUGUAUGCAAGUGGACAUCUUUGAAGAAUAGAAGACUGCAAAAUUGGGGUGGUAUUGUCCAUGAAAAGGGUCUUCUCCCUCAAGAUUUGCCUCCUUGGCUAAAAAAGAUAACAGAAAGAAUAGCUGAAGAAUCAGGACUCUACCCUUCUCCAAUCAAUCAUGUUCUCAUCAAUGAAUAUCUUCCUAACCAAGGCAUAAUGCCACAUCAGGAUGGGCCUGCGUAUUUCCCAGUUGUAUCCAUUUUAUCUCUAGGAUCACCUGUUGUUAUGGAUUUCACACCCCAUCCAAAACUACAAUCUGGGGAUAUCAUUAGGAGGAAGAAUGAUGAGGAGAAAACUGAAGAAGGGGCUGUGGCGAUUGUGGAUAAUCAGCAUCCAAUUUCCAUCCUUCUGAUGCCCAGAAGUUUACUGAUUUUCAAAGAUGAUGCAUAUUCAGGAAAGUUCACGUCUUAUGUUGCUUUUAGUUUUAUAUAGGAAUAUUCUUGUCAAAGGAAAUAACAAAGUUGUGACAAUCGUUGUGUUUUUUCAGAUUACUUGCAUGGCAUAAAAGAUAGUGAGGUACACCGAUAUCAUCUGGCUGUUAACAAGAAUGAGGCAGAAAAGGUGGAAGUAACAGCAAAUGGAGAUAGCAACGUAAUCCAUAGGCAUGAAAACAGAAUCUCAUUGACAUGCCGAUUGGUAUCAAAGGUUCACAAAAAUCUGUUCAGAUUUUAGAAUUUCUCUUGGAUCACCCCCCUCUUCUUGCUCUGUGACUACAGUGAUGCAUUUGAACUUUUCCUCAUAAGACCUUUUAAGUGUCUAGUUUAGGAAGUUUUGAUCUUUAAGCAAACAAUUAACUAACAAAAGUUCAUUUGUUUUUGUUUUUGGUUUUUUAUGCGAAAUACUUGUGACAUAAAUCAACACAAUGCACGCCUGGAGCUUCAGACAUGAGACAUUGUCAAUGUGACUGAUAGAAGCUUUCUAUCAGUUUAUUUAUCUUUUUAUAAUUGUAUUUUCUCUUGGAUAAUCAUUUUAUUGACAACGGUGGAUGAUAACGGCCUUAUUGCAUCAAACCAAUAGAUUGUGAAUGUUGCACAAGCAACCUCUGGUGAUCUGGUAACAUACAUCAAAUAUCUUAAUUCAUGUCAAGGUUUAAAUCUUUAUUGAGACAGUUGUGAUAUUUUUCUAUUUUCUCAAACUUUCCCAUUGUUCAAAAAAAGAGAGAGAGAGAGAGAGAGAGAGAGAGAGAGAUUGUCGAUUGUUAAUUUGUAAAAAAAUAUCCGAGAAAUAAGUUCUUAUUGUUGGA